AUGGAGCUAGCUCUGUGCUCUCCAGCAGUGACACCACUGAGAUGCAUAACCUGCCACCUUCGUACACAGACGGAUCACUGUAGAAGAGGCUUUGGCGUCUGUGUUGCUAGGAAUUAUGAGAGAUGCAUGAUCUUAAAGAUCUUCCAGGAUGGCACCCUCCAGUUAUCGUAUCUGGUAUGUCAGAGGUUCUGCAGAGAUCUGACAUACAGUUUCCAGGGUCGAAUUUACGUUCACAAAUGCUGCAACUACAAUUAUUGUAACUUUAGAACACUGAAAUACUUCUACUCCUGA